CCGCGCGUGGUCACGUGAACGCUGGCGAGCGGCGAUGGCUGCCCCCUGGCUCCUGCUCCUGCUGCUGGCAGCGCCGGCCGCGGUCCAAGGGAGCGGCUGUCGGGCAGGCGCUCGGGGGGCUGCUGCUGAAGGCUGCGGACCCGCAGGGCUGCUGCUGGAGCACUCCUUUGAGACCGAUGACAGCGUCCACUUCCGGAAGCGGGGCUCCCUGACAUGGAACGUGCAGGAUGGGACGGUCAGCCUGACCCAGCGGCAGCUGACGGAGGACGAGCGGGGCCGGCUGCGGGAUGUGGCAGCUCUGAACGGCCUGUACCGGGUCAGGGUGCCCCGGAAGCCCGGGGCCACUGAGGGCCCCGCCACCGCUGGCCACGUCUCCUCCUUCGUCCCCGCGUGCUCCCUGGUGGAGUCCCACCUCUCGGACCGGCUGACCCUGCACGUGGACGUGGCGGGGAACGUGGUGGGCUUGUCCGUGGUGACCGAGCCCGGAGGCUGCCGGGGCCACGAGGUGGAGGACGUGGACCUGGAGCUGUUCAACACCACGGUCCAGCUGCAGCCCCCGCUCACGGCCCCAGGACCGGAGACGGCAGCCUUCAUUGAGCGUCUGGAGAUGGAACAAGCCCAGAAGGCCAAGAACCCUCAGGAGCAGAAGUCCUUCUUUGCCAAAUACUGGCACCUCAUCCUGGGGGGCGCCGUGUUCCUCACGGCCAUGCGUCCGGCCCGGGGCCCGGCACCAUCGUCUGAGGCUUGAUGGAUGUACAUCGUCCCCAUUGUCCUGUUCCUCAUGAUGUCUGGAGCUCCGGAUGCUGGUGGCCAGGGAGGGGGCGGCGGGGGCGGGGGCGGGGGCAGUGGGAGGUAAGGGUCGACCUGUCACUAAAUAAAGUUCCCAUUGGACCCUG